CGGAGCCUUAGAGGAAACACCUGUUUACCUGCUUCAGGUGAGAGUGAGAGUUGGAUAGAGGAACUAGCAAAGAAAACACCUCAUAGCACCGCUGAGUUUGUUGGAUUACGCUACAUUUGGUUGUUCCAUUAAAAGGUUUUCUGUGAGAGAAGCUGACAUUUGGCGAUGAGCAAGUUCUGCUUUAACUCCCCCUUACCUUUGGCUGCAUUAUACAUCACUGCAGUAUGUCUGAAUCAUGCAGCUUUGGCCGUACAGGUGACAUCGACAGGACCACAGACCCUCAAGAAAGCCCAGGGGGAGAGUGUUACUCUGGGCUGCACAUACACCUUGGAUGCUGCGGAUACUGGAGACCUGGACAUUGAGUGGACACGCGUCAGUCAAGACAUGACCCAGAAAGAUGAGCUGAUCUUAUCCUACACUGGAGGGAAACAGUUCCAGCUAGGAAGCCCAGACCUGAUGAGUCGCUUUAAGUUUGUUGGCGACCCGAGCCGCAGCGACGCAUCGGUCAACCUUACCAGCGUCAAGGUCUUGGACACAGCCACGUACCAGUGCAAAGUGAAGAAGACACCCGGCAUCGAUUCGAGGAAAGUCACUUUAGUAGUGCUGGUACGACCUUCGCCCCCCAAAUGCUGGGUGGAAGGUAGCGAGGAGAAGGGUGGAACCGUUUCCCUCCGCUGCAAGUCUUCCCAGGGUUCAUCUCCUCUAAAAUAUACAUGGACGAAAGAAAGCGGAAACCUGCCACCAACCGCAACACAGAGUCCCCAGACCGGAGAGCUGCUGAUCAGAAACCACAGUGAAAGCUACACAGGGAGGUACCUUUGUGAGGUCAGCAAUGAAGUAGGCACUGAACGAUGCACAUACGCCCUUCAAGCAUAUAACCCAACGAAUAAAGCGGGAGUGAUUGCUGGAGCUGUGAUUGGUGCACUGCUGUUGCUGCUCCUCCUCCUUUUGCUAAUCUGGCUCCUGAUUUGCUGUUGCAACAAGCGACGCUAUGAAAAAGAGAUUGCCAAUGAGAUCAGGGAGGACUCUGCAGCUCCAGAGAGUCGCCCAGGCAGCCGUAACUCCAGCUUCCGUUCUAUACUAAAUUAUCGUGUCCAUUCGGGGAUCCAUUACAGCUCUGUGGGCAAAGCCGAUGUCUCACGGGUCGGAUCGGGCCGCAGCAGCACCCACACAGAACGCGGCAGAGUCCAAAGAGAUGCCAGCGUGCUUGCAUCUGAUCACAGGCCUCCGCUCAGUUAUGACAGCAAAUAUGGAUACCCCGUAUAACCACUGACAUCCUGCCAGGGGACACAGCACUGAAAAGAUUAGACUCACUCAAAAGAUGCAAUACUGUGCAAGACCGUGGCAAGAUUGGAGCACAUUAAAACUGCACAGAAGUACAUUCUCACAUGUGCAUUUCCCUGUUGUUCAGGAUAGAGAUCUUCUAAUAUAUAUGUGUAUUUGUGUUGAUGAAUUUUUGUAUGAUUGUUUUAUAAGCAUUUAGAUCAAAUGUGGUCAUGGUAAUAAUUUGAAUAUAUUAAACUAACAAACCUUUUAACUUGUAUAUACUGUAACAAUAAAUUCAGUCUUUUAAGAUUGAAAGUAAAAGAUUUAGAAAGUCAUCUGAGUGGUUAUGUUUUUAUAUAAUCACCCUUGUAAACAUCAGAUUAUAUUAUGUAAAGCAUUAUAUAGAAAUAACGAUUGAUUGAAUUGAAUACAUUUUUAACAAAUGUUCAAAAUUUGAUUAUUUAAAUAAAUUUAAAAAUGAA